UGCAGGUGUUGGCGGGAUUGUAACUUACUGUAGGUAUGGCAUCGAAGGGUGCUCUUGUGGUCCAUGGACUUGUUAUAUUAUUCUUUUUGACCGGACUUUACGAUGUUUUACUGAAUGUGGAAGAGAAUGCAUGUGAGAUGUCAUAUAUGUUUGAGCAUCCCGAAUACAAACAGAUUCCAAUGGACAACGAUAUAACAACCAAAUACCCAAGAUAUGGUUUAUAUUUGUAUGGUGAAGGACAAUAUUUCAAGGUGGUCUCUCAGUUGCAUCUGGAAGGAAUACCGGUCCUGUAUAUACCUGGGAAUGGUGGAAGCAAAAAUCAAUGUAGAUCAGUAGCCUCCUUUCUUCUAAGAAAAGCAGAGGAUAGAAAAUGGGAUCCUCAUUUCAAUGUUUUCACUGUUGAUUUAAACGAAGAAUUUGUGGCUUUUUAUGGCGGUACAUUGAUGGACCAAGCCAAUUUUGUCCAUCACAGCAUCAAAACAAUAUUGAAGUUAUACGAAAGUUCGGAAAACAUCAAAACCAAACCAAAAUCUAUAAUUUUGGUUGGACAUUCAAUGGGUGGGAUGAUUGCACGUGGAGUUUUCACUUUACCAGAUUUUGACUCAUCUACUGUCAAUACGAUUUACACACUUGCUACUCCGCAUGUCCACCCUGUUUUCAGUCUUGAUUCUCACAUUGCUAAUUUUUAUCAGUCAGUAAACUUGUUCUGGAAAGAAAAUUGUGAAUCUCUCAAGGAUGUUACAAUAUUCUCCGUAUCAGGAGGUGACAGAGACUUUCAAGUUCAUGGAGCAGCUACAAGAUUGUCUGCUUGUUCUAAUUAUUCACUGUUAACUGUCACUACUGCUGUUCCGAGGGCAUGGGUAUCAGCUGAUCAUCAAUGUGCUGUAUGGUGUAAACAAAUUGUUUUAGCUAUAACAAGAUCUUUCUUUGACAUGGUUGAUCCAGACACUAAGCAGAUCAGUUAUGACCCCAGUGUCCGUUAUAAAGCUGUUAAAUAUCACUUCAAACAUAAUUCAAAUUUACCGAGAGCUCUUACAUCAGCGAAGAAUUUUAAAGUGAAACUCUACACUUCACAUGCUAUGAUACCAACCACUGAGAUUUACUGGACUUCUGCUACCAGAAAAAUUGGUGAAGAGGUGACAUAUUAUUUAUAUGAUUUAAAAACUAUGCAAAAUAAAGGAAAAUCAUAUAUUGUUGUAAAGACAACUACCAAAUCUGAAAGAUGGAUACUUGCAUGUGCUGAACCAAAUUGUCAACAAGCAACAGACAUUUCACCAGAAGCAUAUCUGACACCAAAAUUCAAAGUUGCCAAAAUAAAUAUCACUAAAAUGCUUCACCGUGGAUUCUCACAGUUUAUUAUUAAAACACCGAAACAUACUAACACAUGUGGACAGGUGGAUGCAAAUUUCAUCAGUUCAGAAGAUUUAUUGAUAAACUACACAGUUCCUCAUAUUUUUUCGAACUUAUGGACACUCAAUCAAGGGUAUACUAUGAAUAUCACUGUCGGACAAACUCCUGGAAAAUUCUAUCAUAAAAUCAAGCUGAAUGGUCUGUACAGUAUUUUUCAUGCUUACAAAUUCACCCUAAUACCCAACAGUAAAACAGCGAAGCCGGCUUUACUUGAAGUUCAAUCAUCUGACCAAUCUUCCUUCACAUACGCUGAAAAUGAAAAUAUUACUGUUAAAUUACAUAACACAGAGGAAAAUGAGCUUCCAACUCUUCAUGUUUACACGGAUGGAUCAACGGAAUAUAAAAUCAGAGUGAAGGUUCAAUUUGUGCAACUGUUAGGGCAAAUACUCAGAUUCCAUGGUUCUGUUUUGCCAACAAUGUUUGCCUUGAAUGCAAUGCUUGCAAUUAGCUAUCAGUUAAAAAUUCUUUUAUCCGAAGGAAAGUGCCUUUCAACUACAGAAGCUCAUGGUAUAUCAGCUAAACCAUACAAAAUACAACCCUUUGUUAAUUUAGUGAAGAAAUUGUAUACCUAUGAAUGGUUUUAUGUUGCAUGGCAUAAUCUUGGUCUUCCCGUACCAGAUGCAUUUAGAAUGGACAAUGAAUUUGCAAUAUGGUUUGCAUUGAUGCCGCUAGUUACGUUCUUGUUUGGUGCAGAGCUAUAUGCUAUCAUACUUCUAAUGCAAACUAAAGUUAUUAAAUUUUUUGGAAAUCAAUUCUACCGAUCUACGAAACUGUCAUCUAUUGAGGAUUGGAGGCCAACCAUAGUUUCUUCAACUGCACAUUCUGUUGUUUUGGCAAUCUUAGGGGCUCAGUGCAGUGGUUUUGCAUUUGCUUAUAUAUUAUUAUUGAAUUUUGUUGAUCUUUGUGCCUUUUCUUCUAUAUCAUCUGUCAAACCGAGUAAAGAAACUCAGAAAGCGGAAAAUGGAAAUUUGAAAAAAUCUGAAGAUAAUGGAGUAACUGAUGCAAAAAAAGCAAACAAAAUCCAUGAAUUGGUCGAGUUGGAUUCUAGAGCAACCAAUUUUAAUCUAAAGUUGUCGAUGCAUCAAAUGUGGUUGAUUCUUACUCUGCUAUCAACACCGACUAUUGUUGCUUGGAUCAAGGGAUACAGCUCCAGAGCAGGGGAUCCAAUGCUGGCAUCUAUGAUAUUUGGAUCGAUUCUCUUUCUUCUUCAUAGACAACAAGAUGCUUCACUACUACCGUCAUUAUCUAGAAAAAUAGUUUGUAGGUUUCUGUACCCUGUAACUAUCCUAGCUUCAAUGGUUUGUCUUCAUUCUAUUCACAGGUUGCCUUACUUUCUUUUAUCAUUCAUGUCAAUUUAUGUUGCUAUGCAGUAUGUUGGAAAAGAGACUUAGUUUCAAUUUAAAACCUCAAGCUUGAAAUUUUAAAAUGGCUUACAACAUCUCUACUCCAUUUUUGACAACUAAAUCAAGAUCUAUUACAAUACACCAUAUUUUAUAGAAAUAAUAUAAUAAAUCAAUAUGCUCAAUGAAACUAACUAAAUCAAUUUUUUCAGCAUUCUUGUUCAAACCCAUUGUUUAUUAUGAUGAAGAUCUGAAAGAUCUUUGAAUUUCUAUAAUAUUGUAUUGUGAAUAUUUACAAAUGGUUUCAUUUUAAGAGAUCCAACCAAAUCAUUACAAAAUAAGCUUAUCAUUUAGUACACAAUUAUAGGAGAUAUUGAAAAAUUCAAUUUAUUACAAUGUUUUAUUUAUUUUUAAAAAAAUUCAACUUUUUUUUUAAAUUAGAUUUCAAAAUGAUUUUUGUGAAAAUAAUCCCCAUUUUGUCAGAGAAUUUUGGGUUUAUCUUUUUUGUAACAAAAUUAAGCACUUUCAAAAUCGAGAUAUGAGAUGUGAGUGAAUUUAAUAGUAAAAAUGUCUGAUGCCAAAGUAUUUAAUGUUUUUAAAUCCCAUCUACUUCUCUCUUAUUAUGAAGUACCAAAAAUAAUCUAAUACCUUCUAUUACUUUAUUGUAUAUCAUGAACAUAAUAUUGAAAUCAAAUCAUCCUAUUUAAUUAGUAUUCUGUGCUAUAUUUUCAUUUUUUAUAACUUGAAGCAUGAUUUUGAAGUAGUUGAUUUAUGAAUAGAAAUGCACUUUUUGAUUUUGUAGCAGUGGCGAGUCUUAUAUGAAAUGUCCUUCUAUUAGUGAACCAUUCUUGGGUUUAAGACCUGUUUCAUUUUUAUACGGAAAAGGUUUUUUUUCAAAGCCGUUUUUUUGCCACAAAACGGCACCAAAUAAAUGAUUUUUUCUACUGAACAAAAAUGACCAUGCUCAAAAUACCCUGUGACUUAGAACAUACAUCCCAAACGGUUUAUUAAAUUUGAAUGCUGUAUAAAAACAAAAUUUAUUUUACUUAGUAAUAUGCUAGCAAUCUGCUUCGUUUAAAAGCGAGGUGUGUUACCAACUGUUAUAACACUGUAAUUGAAGUGAAUCUGUAACUGUAACUUGUGGAACUUUGGUAUAAAUUGUCCGAUUUGAUACUCCUGUGCUUUUUCAAUAGGAUUUUAUAUAUAUAAAAAAAAGUGGUUUGAAAUCCUUUGGGGCUUCGUACAUGUCAUAUCACAAGCCUGGCAAUGAUUACAUUUUCUGUGAGAUGUUGCACGUACCAUGACUAGUCAUUGUUUGCGGUAGGAUGUUCUAAACCUUCAUAAUAUGAUAAUCUAUGUUUAUUCCAAUGAUUUUUGAUACUUUUUUCUCUAUGCAUUAAUUAUUUUAAUUAACAAUUCUGCUGUAAUCAUUUUUGCAAAAUUAAGGUAAUCAUUAAUUAAGGUAAACUGUUUCACAAUGUAGUAUUCUUUGAUAGCACAAAUAAAAUGACACAUCUUCA